UCGCUCUUCUCCCACACCGAACGCGCCUAGCUCCGUUUCUUUUCUUGGUCCUCGGCCACACGAUCGGGCCCUGCAGAUACAUUCGCCAUGGCGCAGCUGCUCCGUGCCGCCGUCCUCCUCCUGCCGCUGGCCCUGUCCGUCUUCGCGCUCGCCGCCCCUGCGUCGGCCAUGAAGGGCGCCGGCGACCUGGGCCAGCUGGGCGCGGUCGUGAUGCGGCGCGGCGGGCGGACGUGCCGGGGCACGGUGGGCGAGUGCAUGGAGUACUUCGACGUGGACGCGGAGGGCGAGGGCGACGUGGCGGCGAUGGUCACCGGGAAGCGUCGCGUGCUGCAGAGCGGGUCCGGUUACAUCGGCUACGACGCGCUGCGGCGGGACAGCGUGCCGUGCUCGCAGCGCGGCGCCUCCUACUACAACUGCCAGCCCGGCGCCGAGGCCAACCCCUACUCACGCGGCUGCAGCGCCAUCACCCAGUGCAGGGGCUAGCUGCCUUCAUCGCUCUAGCUAAUCGCAGCAAAGGCUAAUCAAUCGCUGCUUGAUGGUAAUGUUUAAUUAAGAGUUUGAGACACGGAGGUCGUCGUGCCUGCUGCUCUUGUCCGGCUGAGGCAUGACUGAUCCAUAUGAUUGUGCAGUGGAUGUGUGUCUAUUCUGUUCUAGCUUCCUCAAGGGUGAAAAUAAAAAAAGUAAUUAUGACUGUGUAAUUCUGGUGUCUCUGGUUUUACAGCCAAUGAAUCUCCAGUGUCUCUCAUGUUUCUCUCA